AUCUGGCCCACUUUUCCUUACCUAAAGCACUCAUGAGAACUUCCAUCUCAAACUUCAAACACAAACAACAAUUUAAGUCGAAUGAAAUCAGUUUACGUUUUUCUACAUACUUUAUACACUGUCAGAAUCUAUAUUUGCUACAGAAAUACGUGGUUGCACACAAUCUCUCAACGCUAUUAACAUGGGAAAAUCGAAUGGCUCGGGAAGUGUCCCGAAUCGACCAAUCUACUCUCGCAUUUCCUACUUAUACCAAGCCGCAGCAUACAUGGCAAACUGCUCAGAAGUGAAAAACGAAGUAAAAGAGUCCAAAUCUGCGGCAACGUACCCUAAAGUUAUGGAAGAGGAGAAAGUAUCGCAGGAAACAAGUCGCGGCAAGAAAGCAUUAUCGCGACGCUUUAUUACUGACCUCCGAUCUGCAUCUCUCAAGAGUCAAAUACGCCUAUCUCCUGCCAUCAAACACACCAUUUGCAAAUUAUGUGAUAGCUUGCUUAUUGAAGGAGACUCGAGCACUUCUGUUGUUGAGAACAAGAGCAAGGGUGGCAAAAAGCCGUGGGCUGAUGUACUUGUCGUAAAAUGCCACACUUGCGGAGGCGUGAGACGUUUCCCAGUUCAAGCUCCUCGGCAAAAUCGACGAACGGAUCCAGUGUCUACCUACUACCUAGGUAGUGUUGGUCAGAACAUCAAGUUCUGUUACCACAUAUCUUGAAGCAUACCAUAACCUUUUCAGUGGUUUCGGAUCGAUCCAUGGAUGUACUGAACAUUGAAUGUAAGACAGCAAUGCCAAGGCGACACCCUUGAUUGCUACAUAGAUUUUCUGGGGGAAUGCUUACUUGGA